AGCAGAAUGGAAAUGUUACACAUAGUUCUAGCAAUCCUGGUGACGAUCCCCACUUUCCUCCUAUUUAUCGUAUCUAUCCUGUACUUCCACUAUGGUAUUGACGGCUGGGACGACAUGAUCCGCGAGUUUAACAUCCUCAAGUUCAAAUUCUCCUUCGGUUGGUCUCAAGUCAGAAUCCAGCGUCGAAAAGUUAACUACAUAAAGACUUGGAAACAUUCGGUAGACAAGUUUGGAGAUUUGGUGUUCUUGGAAAAGGGAAGAUCGACUUAUACUUAUAACGAGAUAGACGAUCUGAGUAAUGGUGUUGGCAAGUUCCUUUACGAGAAGGGUGUAGCGGAUGGUAGUGUGGUGGGGAUCAUGAUGACGAACAGUGUGGAAUUUAUAGUGUCCUGGCUGGCUAUCAUUAAACUUGGAGGUCGGCCAGCCCUCUUUAAUACCAAUCUCAGAGGAACAUCAAUGGUGCACUGUCUCCGGUCUUUAACUGACUGCAACUACCUGCUGCUAAACGUGGAAGCAAAAGCUCAGCUCGACAGAGAAACACCUAUAGAUUUCAAGCUGUUGCGAAUAACUGUUUUCCUGGCGGACUUAUGGUCGAAGGACAUUGGAAACACCAUUAUUGGAGAAAGAGUUAUGAGCAUGAUGAAGAUGAUUUCUGAUGAGGAAGCACCGGGCAAAUGGGCUGGAGAUAAUAAAGCGCAUGACGCAAUAGUUGGAUACUUGUUUACGAGUGGUACCACGGGUUUCCCAAAAGCUGUUCCGAUGGCAUUCAACAGACUUUGGUCUGUACUUCAAGUGGCUCUGAUAAACAGGUACAACAUUACACAGGAUGAUAAAAUGUUUUCCUCCCUACCUCUUUAUCACUCAACAGCUCUCUGUAUUGGUCUCCAUAUUACAAUUUUGAGUGGAGGCCGCUACAUCAUCAAGGAAAAGUUUUCAGUUCAAACAUUUUGGAGUGACUUAAGGGCGCACGAAGCCACAAUCUUUCUCUACGUCGGGGAAAUGUGCCGAUUUUUACUCAACCGAAAAACAUCAUUUCAACCAAAAGUGGAAUACCAAACUAGGCUAGCCUUAGGAAAUGGCUUAGGAAAAGACAUUUAUACUCCCUUCAAGGAAACGUUCAAGAUACCUCAAAUAGCUGAGUUUUAUGGACAGACGGAAUGUUUAGCUUUUCUUGGAUCAGUGCUGAACAAACCAGGGUCACUGGGGUACAUUCCUAAAAUAAAGCUCGGUCCCCAGCCAUACAGGGUGAUACAAUGUGAUACAGAGACAUUGCAACCAAAGCGAGACUACCCUACAGGCCUCUGUAAGCUCUGCAACAUGAAUCAAGCUGGACUUCUCAUUGUUAAAUCUGAAAACUUCGGUAACAGAACAAUAUACCACAAGAGUAAUCAAGAUGUGAGAUUUCUGUCUGACGUGGAAAAGAAAGGAGAUGAGUUUAUCAAUACUGGAGAUCUAGUGAUGAUUGGAACGGACAGAUCUUAUUACUUCGUCGACAGGCUAGGAGACACUUUCAGAUGGAAAGGAGAGAAUGUGGCGACCCAAGAAGUGGCGUCCUGUAUCAACAAACUCGCCUCCGUUCACGAAGCUUGCGUUUACGGAGUCACUAUACCCGGACAUAAUGGUAGAGCAGGUAUGGCAGCGAUAGUUGUAGAUUCAGAGGACACCUUCUCCCUUGAAGCACUGUACGAAACUCUUUCUAGCAACUUGCCGAGUUACGCUGUCCCUAUCUUCGUCAGGAUGGUUCACUCACUGGAGACGACCGCGACCUUCAAGUAUAAAACAAAUCAACUGAAGCAGGACAACUACGACAUGAGCGUGAUAUCAGGAAACCUUUAUCUUGUUAACCAUAGCCAGAGGACGUACGAAAUAAUGACUCUUGAAACCAAUGAUCUGAUUAAGAAAGGAGAAAUAAAACUGAAUUGAAGUUUAGAACUCUAGGUGCACGAACACAUGUGCUCUUAAGCAUGGAGUGGAAUAUGAAGCAUUAAUAAGACAGUUUGAUACAAAUUAACCAUAUCAUCUGCAUGUCCAGAUAGUUAUACAUAAUAUGAAACUUUGAAAUUUCAAAUUAUUUCCACAAUAAAUUUGUUGGUAUUUUUCAUGGUAACGUAUUUUGUAAACUUCUGCGAGUUAAUUGUGUUGAUUUUAAUUAUUCCAAUAUGACUGGUGAAACAGUUGCAUAGAUUUUAAAUACUUUUAAAAUCUUCAUUUGUCUAAAACACAGAUUAGGAUGCAACGCAGAAACUAUCGGACUACGAUGAAUGGGGACUUGCGACCCCAUGGUAACAUUGAAAUAUAUUGACUCUGUUACAUCGUUUCCUCAGUAAAUGUAAUACUAAUAUAUUUGUAGUGUUGUAUUUGUAAUUAGUUUACAAAUAUAUUGGGAGAGUUUGAUCUCCAAAACCCU